AUGUGCUCUGCCCAACUGAAUUUGGGGAUUAUCUUCCUUACGCAGACAGGACUUGGCCUGACGGGCAACUUCUCCCUGCUCUGUCUGUAUAACUUCAUUUUGCUUACUGGACAUCACUUGAGACCUAUAGAUUUGAUUCUUAAUCAACUGGUUUUGACCAAUUUGGUAGUUCUUUUCUCCAAAGGUGUCCCUCAGACAUUGGCAGCUAUGGGACUGGAACAUUUCCUGGAUGAUGCUGGGUGUAAACUUGUCUUCUACUUUUACAGAGUGAGCACUGGGGUGUCCUUCAGCACUUUCUGCCUCUUCAGUGGCUUCCAGGCCAUUAAGCUCAACCCCAGUAUUUGUAGGUGGAUGGAGCGCAAGAUCAGAUCCCUAAGGUUUACUGGCUUCUGCUGUUUCCUGUGCUGGAUCCCACAUCUCUCAAUAAAUUCAUUUCUUCCUUUAAUAGUGAAUGGUCCAUUGAGUAAGAAAAAUCUCAGCAUAGAAAAUAAUUAUGACUAUUGUUCUGGGAUAAUGCCACAAGGAUAUAUCUCAUUAUAUACAAUCUUGUAUUUUUUCCCUAACUUAAUGAGUCUCAUCUUCAUGACCUGGGCCAGCGGCUCGAUGGUCCUGGUCCUGCACAGACACAGGCAGCAGGUCCAACAUAUCUACAGCCACAGCCUCUCCCCCAGACCUUCCCACGAAGCCAGAGCCACACGCACCAUCCUGAUCCUGGUGAGCUCCUUUGUCACCUUUUAUUCAGUCUAUAUUAUUUUGACCAUCUGGAUGACUCUAAUCACAAAUCAAGGCCAAUGGACACUGAAUAGCUCCAUGCUUGUGGCCUCAUGUUUCCCAGCAUUCAGCCCCUUUGUGCUCAUCGUCAGUGACUCCAGGAUCUCACAGUGCCGGAUCGCCUGCAGAGAGCGGGCAAAAGUUUUUUCCUAA